AUGUCAGACCUUCCAUCCGAGUUGAAGCAAAUUGCGCCGUACAUUCAGCGUGCGCAAGAACUGGCCACGGUGGACCCAGUGGUGUCGUAUUUUUGCACGUACUACGCGGCCCGCUUGGCUAUCGCCAGCGGGUCGAACACGCCGGCCAGCCAAGCCUACCUAUCGCAAUUACUGGACCAAUUGGAGACGGAGAAGGAGCGGAUAAAGGAGGACCCGAAAAUGGCCAAUGACCUAGUGGCCUCGCAGCACUGCAAGACAUUUGCACUGAAAGUGUUUGCUAAGGCGGACACGGAGGACCGGAAUGGCAGGGCAACCAAGGUGACAGCCAGGAAUUUCAUCGUUGCAUCGCAGUUUUUGCAAGUACUGGCAGGGUUCGGGGAGCUGCCGGAGGAUGUGCAGGAGAAGGUCAGGUAUGCCAAAUGGAAAGCGGCGGAUAUUGUCAAGGCGCUGCGGGAGGGGAGGCAGCCGACACAGGCGCCUGGAGAGCAGCAGCAGCAGCAGCAGCAGCAGCAGCAGCAGUCGGAUGCGGGCUCGCUGCAGCCGAAUGUGACCGCCAGCGAUAUAUUUGCGUGGCCAUCACCCCCGGCGGUCUCAGCACCAGCGCAGUCGAUGCCACCAGCGCAGUCGAUGUCACCAGCCCAGCCAAUGCCGCCAGUCCAGCCCACCACUCCACAGCAGCCCACAUCGGUCGUGCAGAACAGCCAGUUCGACUCGCUGCCAAGCGUGCCAUUGCAGCCGCAUGUGAGCAAGUCACCAGCAACCUCAGCGCCAAUAGCGCCAAUGGCCGGCAGCGCAACGUUUGUGCCGGUGCCAGCGGCGAAUCUGCCAGCUGCAGACGGAGAGCUUCUGGUGGACCCUGCGGUGACCAAGAAUGCACAAAAGAUGGCUCGGUGGGCGAUCAGCGCACUCGAGUACGAUGACGUGGACAAUGCAAUCAGCAACCUGCAAAAGGCCAUCGAGAUGCUGAAGCCAUUUAGCAAUAGCAAGUAG